AUGGGUGAGGCUUCUGCUGCCGUUCUUGAUGACGCCGAUCAAAAGAUCAUUAGGCAACUGGAGUACUAUUUCGGAAACAUCAAUCUUCCAAGGGACAAGUUCCUUCAAGAGCAACUCAAGGAGGACGAUGGAUGUAAGCUUAACACGAUUCACUUUUCUUUUUCAAAAUAUAUUUUCAGGGGUUCCAAUUACCACCAUGCUCAAGUUCAACCGUCUUUCCGCUAUCAGUCAAGAUACUGAGAAAAUUGCCAACGCUGUAAAGGCUUCCGGCUCGGAAAUCAUUGCCGUUUCCGAGGACAGUUUGAAAAUCCGUAGAAAUGCGGAAAAUCCACUUCCAGAGAACUCGCUGGAGUACUGGCAGAAGAUCAAGCACAGAACUGUGUAUAUGGUGAGGAGUUUUUGAAUUUAUGAGUAACGAUCAAAAUUUUUUCUGUUUUCAGAAGGGAUUCGCCACCGAGACCCAACUGGAUGAGAUCAUUCAAUGGGCCAACCAGUUCGGAGAGACCGAGAAUGUGCUUAUGCGUCGUCUGAAGCCAGGAGAUCGCACUUUCAAGGGAAGCGUCUUCGUCACAUACAAGACCCGCGACGAGGCCGAGGCUGCCCAAAAGUCCGACGCCAAAUUCAAGGAGGCAGAAUUGGUCAAGAUGAUGCAGGACGAGUACUGGACCUUGAAGAAUAAGGAGACCAAGGAGGCUCGGGCUGCUAACAAGGCUGCCAAGGCCGCUAAGAAUACUGCCGAGAACGUUGAAGCGGAGAAAGCGCAAAACGCCGUUCGCUUCGAGAAGGGACUUAUUCUGGCCGUUGACGGGCUCUCGGAUGAUGCCUCUGUUGACAGCAUCAAGACGUUCUUCAAGCAGUACGGAUCCGUCGGAUACGUCGCCCACGAUAACGGCAGCAAGACCGCCGAGAUCCGCUUCAACAACGACAGCGAGGGAGGCGCCAAGCAGGCCUGGGAGAAGGCUGCCGCAGCUGGAGCCGAUGGAAAAGUUUUGCUUCACGAGGCCGAGUUGACCGGAAGAGUUCUGGAAAACGAGGAGGAGGAGAAGUAUUGGUCCGAGUUCAACUCGAGAAAGAACCAGAAGGGAGGAAACCGUGGUGGACGCGGAGGUCGCGGAGGCAGGGGCGGACGCGGAGGACGUGGCGGAAGAGGCGGACGAGGCGGUCGUGGAGACAAGAGAGGAGCCAGAGACGAGGGAGGCGAUUCUGAUGAGCCAAAGGCUAAGCGCACGGUAUUUGCCGACGAAGAUGGAAACGCUGCUGCAGAAUAA